GGAAUGCGGUAUACUAUGCUGGAAAAAGAUCUUUUUACAUAUAGAUUCAUACAAGGAGGCAAGGAACUCUACGAGUUCGAUCGAGCAAACACUCCUUCACCGCACAUUCGGACAGUGCAACGUUAUUUAAGCAAAAGUGCUGAAUGUUCUACGGAGGGCAAGCUGAUGAUAAGAGAGCUGAAGGAAUAUCUGGAAAGAAACCGAUACCCACUUGCAAUAUGCUGGAGCGAAGAUGCGACCAGAAUUACCGGUGGCAUUGAAUAUAAUCUGAACGAAGACAAACUCUCUGGUCUGGUAGCACCAAUCGGCACAAAUGGAAUGCCCAUCAUGAACCUAUUUAAAUGUUCUUCACCACGGAAAGUUUUAGCUGAUAUACAAGAUAACCCUAUCGGACGCAACGUUCAACUAUGCAUGGCUCAACCCAUUUGUAUGGACGCAGCUCCAUUUUGUAUACUUUACUACUGCACGAACAAUAAAUUUUCAACAUCCGAUGUUCUAAACAAGUGGAACUUUGUUCAAGCUGAAAUGGACAAAGAAGACAUUAAAGUUGUUUGCAUAGCAACUGAUGGUGAUAGCCGAUUCAUUGGAGCUAUGUUGAAAAAAAUGAAGCUACCGAAUCAUACCGACAAUCCCUUUAGUGCUUGGUUCGUAUCCAACACCAACAAUGACAGUCUAUGCGUUCAGGAUCCAACUCAUCUAGCGAAUAAAUUUCGGACGAGGCUUGUCAAUCAGACCAAGCAGUUGAUACUCGGUCGGCUUCAGGUAUCGAAAAUACAUUUAGAAGAACUAGUGCGUGAUGUUUCGAAAGACCAACACGGCUUGGCCGAAGGAGACCUUAGUGACAAGGACAAGAUGAAAUUUCGACCAGUAGAAAAAAUUACAUCUGAACAAGUCAUGUCAAGCCUCGAUCAGCAUAUUCCUCUUUCCAACGGCACUGUGGCAUACCUGAAAAAUAUUUCAUGCAUCAUAUCCUCGUACAUGGAUCCAUCGUUAUCGCCGGCGCAACGAAUCUUUAACGUGUGGAAAGCUCUGUUCCUGAUUAGGUGCUGGCGCAAUUGGUGCAUCUCGAAGCAUAACAAUAUACAAAACUGUAUAACGACUAAUGCCUACUGGGGACUGGAAAUAAACGCCCACACGUUAAUUAAUUUCGUUGUUCUAUGUAGAACAAAGAAUCUUGAAUUCACAAUAACACUACUUCAAAGUCAGACAUGUGAAGGAAUUUUUCGUGAUGCUCGCUCAUUAUUCACAUCAACAGAAUCUACUAUAGUCAAUUUUACGAUGCAAGGAUUCGAAGCUCGUCUGAAUAAAAUACAAACCAAAAGAGACAUCAUGGCAAGACAACGACACAAUCUGGCUUUUCCUCGAUUGAAGGCUACUUCUAUUUUCCCGCGCAAAGAAGUACUUCCCGGUGAUAUCGAAAUAUCCGCUGUAGUGGAGCAAGCCAAGCAAGCAGCAUUGGAAAUCGCGCUCGAAUUGGGAUUUGAUUUUGAUGAUAUUUCAUUCGAAGAAAGCAUCGUUUUAAGGCAGCCAAAGCCAAAACCAACACUUGAGUGUGGAAAUUUUGAAUUCGUUACUAUUCCCGAAGAAUUGAUAACAGAUGGCAAAGACGAUAUAUAUGAAUCAGCCGAACUGUUUUCCAACAUUGGAGAAACCUUGAAUUUAAAGGAUUCCAGCAAUUUUAAGCAUGUCUUCAGGAUAAGAAAUCGAAAGAAUAAAAUUGUUCAUGUGAAAAAGAGGACCUUUAUAUGGAUGCUGACAUCUGGAUUACAAAAAUGCUCGACGGAUAGAUUGUAUCGUUUUCGUGAUUCUGGACUGGAAGCUGCCGCAAUUAAUGGAGUGAGAGACUCAAACGCAGUAUAUACAGACAUUACAGUAGGUGUGUUUGUUCUGCUGAAAAUCAAGAAACGUUUCGCUGUCUGUAAGGUGUAUGGAUUUAAAUAUCUCAAAGGGAAGAAUUGUUCAUGCUCAUUAUCAACGAUGCCAGUGAAGGUUCCUGAAGGUGCGCGAUCAAGAGGUGUUGAACUACUGGGUAGUUUUUUCGAUAUUGUGCCAUGCGACGAGGAUUACAAUUUAGAUCUGAUUAGUAAUACUAAAACUGAAAAUAUCGAAUGUUAUGUGUCACACUUGAUGAAACCAUCGAUAUAUUCAUCAAUAUUGCAUUAUGCAGGAGUGACCGUAUCGUACAUUCAAAAUUUGAAUUAGAAAAUAGAACAAAUUUCAUCCAUUAAUACAUCUUAAUAAAAUGAGACUUCAUUAAUCAGUUGUUUUAUAUCACAUUCGUGCACAAGCGUGCUUUACUACCAUUAUCCGAAAACUUCCAUCUAAUAUGUGAAAACAGUUAACGAAUAUUGAACAUGUAUUGCCAAUUUCACAUCACAUUGGCGAGCCGCACAAGUAUGCUCACUCUGUAUCAAUGUGAGAAAGAGGAAAAUGAAUAUCGAAUCAUAUGUGUCCCGUUGGUGUAUUUGUCCCUUGCGUCAUGCUUGAACCAACCAAUAAAAUCUAUCAAUAUUAUGAAUAGGUAACCCUCAAAGCCAUAUUAUUGUGUCGGCGCACUUUUCAGAAAUAAUACGGUCACUAUACAUUUGUCAUUUGCCGAUCAAUGCAAAGUAAAUGGGCGUUAACUAUUAUUUUAUAACAUUACAAGGUUAGGUUAGCAAUUCGUUAAAACAUGAGUGUUAUCACUCGGUUAAAACAAUUUUGUUAGAGCGAAUUCCUUACUGUCUUCAUAUGUAGAAAACAACAAAUGUUUUGACAGUUGCCGGACGUAUUCCAUCAAUAGUCAGAGUACUUUGAUUUGAAUACAUACGUAUAGAUAAGUAUAGAUAGUGUGUAGUUGCGUAUGGAUCGAGUAUGAUUACGAAUUUGAACGUUGUUAUUUACCUAGAAAUUUCAUUGUAGAAAAAAUUUCAGCAAUUGGCAUGACUAUUCGUGAUAAUCCGUAUGUGUCAUUCCCCUCGCGUUUGCCACGGGCAGGAAUUUUGUCAGUGGGGUGAGGUAAAUAAUUGCACAAGUCAAUGCAACUUGGAGAAGUGUUAUCAUGUAUUCAUUGCUCUGGUUGCUAGCCACCGAGAAUUUAUAACAGAUUCUUAGAUUGUUAAAAAUGCAACUUCAACUCCGGACAACUGAUUGUCGUGAGUGUUGUUUAGUUGAUUCAAGCGAUAUGUGACUGCUGAAUAUGCUAAUAGCUGUGUAAUUGAAGAUUUCGAAAUAUAAAUAACAUUCAUCGUAUUAUUAUAACCAAUGAAACGACAAAUAUGAGUUGAUUUGUCUCUCUACAAACGAUUGAAUAUGAUGCAGAUUGUUAUGCAAUUAACAUUCGCGCGCGUAAUAUCAUUAUUACUAUUAGCAAGAAUGAUCGAAGGAAGGAAACUGAUUCACUAAUUUAAUACAGCCAUGUGCUGAAGAUCAAUCGAGCUGCAUUCCACUGCUUAUACAAAAACAUUGAAGUGUCCCAAAACAAGCGAUUUUACUUCUAACAUUAGCAGGUGAAAAUAUUUUUAAAGUAUUUCGAAAGCUCUAUUAUAAAAAAAAACCGAUUUAAUCCACCUAGCAGUGAGAUGAGACAUUUCUUACACAUUCACACACUCUAUUGGAUUAGUUUGCAGAACUCACGAGAAGUAAGCACCCAAGCAGGUGGGAUGAUAACAGUUGCUAGUCUUGCACGAAUACAAUCUUGAAUAAACUGAAUAAAUUAUAGAAAUCAACAAAACGACCGAAAUAAAAAAAGUAAAGCAA